AUUUGUCUUGUAGUUUUCUGAUGAGCUAUGUAAUUUGGUUUUUUAUUAGUUUCUAAAAAUUCCUCCCGACGUCUUUCCGACACAUCUGAUGUGACACCCAAAAAAAAUUUUCAAUCUCCAAUCUAAACGGGGCCUAAACAAGGCCCAUGAUGAAACGGCACGGCCUCCUCCCUCUCCCCUGCGGCUGCGUCUGCGUGUCCCGAAAAUCGGAGGCCAGGUCGUCUCCCUUCCUCCCGUCCCGUCCCAUCUCGUCGUCCCCGUCCCUCUCCGCCCAUGGGCGACUUGACCGCUUCGCCGUGUCCACAGCUGCCUUCUUACUCCAUUCCCGCUCGCACGCACCCUCCCGUCCCGCGCUCGCUUCCCACUCCCGCAAAGCCUGCCGCUGCUGCCUGCUGGUUGCUCACCUGCCGCGGUACGCGAUGGCGGGGGCCGCAGCGGCGGCCGCGGUGGACGUGGAGGACCUGCUGGUGCGCGUCAAGACCGGCGCCGAGGACGAGCUCGCCGCCGUGGCCAGGGAGGUGGAAGCGCUGGCCGGGGACGGAAGGCUCGGGGAGGAGGACGACGAGGACGGCCUCCUCGUCCCGGCGCUGCUCGCGCGCCUCGCCGCCGCGGGCACCGCUGACGCCAGGGUCAGCGUCAUGGCCGCGCUCAGGCGCCUCGCGGGCUGCGUCGCCGGUGAGAGCAAGGAGAGGCUGGCGAGCAUCGAGGCGCUUUCCAGCAUAGUCCGCUCCCUGUCCAGAGACGUUGACGAGAGGAGGGAGGCGAUUGCGGUGCUGCUAGACCUGUCCGACAUCCCACAGGUCCGGCAGAGGAUUGGCAGGAUCAAAGGGUGUAUCGUCAUGCUAGUCACGUUGAGGAAUGCGCGUGAAUCAGGCACCGAGGACGAUGCAGAGAAGUUGCUCAGUAUCUUGUCGUCCAACCCGCAGAAUGUGCUGUUGAUGGCGGAGGCUGGUUACUUCCGGCCGUUGAUACAGUACCUCAAGCAAGGUUCUGACAUGAACAAGGUCCUUAUGGCCACUGCUAUUUCAAAAAUGUUCCUAUCUGAACAUAUGAAAUCUUCCCUCGGUGAGGAUGGAGCUAUUGAACCCCUCGUGGACAUGUUUAAAUAUGGAAACCUUGAAGCCAAGCACUCAGCCUUAGGCGCCUUGCGUAAUCUCUCUAGCUCUCUACAAAAUGCAGAACUCCUGAUAAAUUCUGGCAUAACAGGACCGCUGCUCCAGCUCCUUUUCUCUGUGACCUCAGUGCUCAUGACCCUCAGAGAGCCAGCCUCAGCUAUACUCGCAGCAAUAGCACAAUCUGAGCGUAUUCUACUUCAUAAAGAUGUAGCACCUCAGAUACUCUCGCUUCUUAAUUUAUCGAGUCCGGUAAUUCAACUUCAUCUUCUGAGGGCCCUAAACAGCAUUUCCGGGCACGCCAAUGCUAAAAGAGCCAGGAGUAAAAUUAGGAAAAAUGGAGGGGUGCAACUGCUUCUACCUUUCCUAACAGAAAAGAAUGUGGAUAUCAAAAUUGCUGCGUUGCACUUAAUGUUCCAUCUAUCGAAAGAUUCUUCUCAAGAAUUGGCUGAACAGUUCAGGGAGACCCAUCUAGAUAUCUUGGUAAAGAUCAUCUCUUCUCCUACUUCUCGAGAUGAGAAGGCUGCAGCUGUUGGUAUCCUAAGCAACCUCCCAGUGACAGAUAAGAAGGUAACUGAGAUUCUGAUGCGGUCAAACUUGCUUCCUAUUCUGAUCACCUUGUUUGAAGCAAACAUCGCCACUUCCGUGACACCUCAAAGGAUGUGGUUGCUUGAGGGCAUUGCCGGUGUAUUUAUUCGGUUCACAGUUACCUGGGACAGGAAACUACAGAGUUCAGCAGUUGGAUAUGGGGUGGUUCCUUGCCUUGUUAAGUUGCUUUCGGAAGGAUCAGUGGACGCCAAGUCUAAAGCAGCAACAUCCUUGGCCCAACUAUCACAGAGCACAAUGGCACUGCUUAAGUCAAAAUUGCCAAGGUGGCUUUGUGUUCCUUCAUCAGCUGAAUCCUACUGUAUAGUCCACAGCUGCCAGUGCACCGUCAAGAGCACCUUCUGCUUAGUAAAAGCUGGCGCCGUCAAUCCUCUGGUCCAGAUACUAGAAGGCGAAGAACGCGGAGCAGAUGGAGCGGUGCUGGAAGCACUGGGUACUCUUAUGCAGGACGAGAUCUGGGAAAACGGGAGCAGGGUGAUAGAGAAGGCGUCAGGCAUCCAUGCUCUGCUGAGGAUCGCCGAAGCUGGAGAGCUGAGUUCCCAGGACAGGGCGAUAUGGAUGCUGGAGCGGAUGUUCCGGCUCGAAGCCCACAGAGAGCGGUACGGCGAAAUCACGCAGGCUUUGCUCAUCGACCUUGCCCAGAAAGGAGACCCUGCCCUGAAACCCAUGAUUGGCAAGAUACUGGCUCACCUUGAGCUGCUGCAAACACAAUCUAGCUACUUUUAAGCGUGGAGGUGUUGCUGCAGAGAUACUGGCCAUUUGCAGUUAUGCAGGGCGAUGCCAUUUGACCGGGCAAUGAUCUGAAUUCUGAACGAAAUGGUGCACCGGAUUGUGCGCCGUGACGUGCGAAUCACUGUAACUUCCGGCUGUCUUGUUUAUAGCAGAUUGUAUGAAUAUUUUGCACUUCCUCCCUCUGUUCUUUAACAUUUAACGUUUGGUCGGUUCGAAAUAUAACCAAUCAACGUCAACGUCAAAUGUUAAAGAACAGAGUGAGUGUUGGUUAUUUUCCCCCUUGUAGGUCCAACGAGUUCUGCUUCAAAAAAGCAAGAGUAUGUAGGAUGUGUAGUUAGCCAUAUGCUCCUGUAAAGUUGUAAAUUGGUGACAAUGGCAAAAGCUAGAUGGAGGAUAUGUUGUCAUUUGUACAGCAAAACAGAAAGUUCAGCCGUUUUCAUUCGCGUGUGAGGCGUUAAUGACAGGCGUGACUCGUGAACGUGUCAUGUCUGUUCUCCUA